GUAGAAAACUAUGAUUACGACAAAUAUCUACACAUAAGUUGUUUAUACUUUUGUUUAUUAAUCUAUUGUUUUGUCAUUAAUUAAUGUGUAAUAACUGAUUAUAAUCACACUUUUCAUUGCAAUCAUUAUAAUCAAUGGUUUAGUGUUUUAUAAACGACUAUUUUGUUACAAAAUUUACAGUUAAUUAUCAAUAGUUUUUGCCAACAAUAAAGUGAUGACAGAAGUGUAAUAUAAUCAUCCAUUUGUUGAUUUGAUGAUCACUUGAAACAGUUGGUCCACAACAAGACUGUGGUUUGUUUAUUGACAUUAAUAUAGCUGUCAUUGACACGGAUGUGAUGGUUAUGUCACUCAAAGUUAUAUAUUGAUAUCAAUUAGUGUUUGUCCUGAUUGUUGGCCAUUGAUAUGGUAUUGAAUGAAAAGCCAUUGAUCGACGGCAUCGGCAACGAAGUGGUCAUUUUUGCCACCGCUUUCAUUGGCAUUGCUAUUACUGUACUCUUCAUUAUCAUCAAGAGGUGUCGGAGUGUAUACUAUCAGCGCAUCCAUCCGUCAAACGAGUCGGUGGUCAACGAAACCCGCGAACACUUAACUCAUUUGUUUUCCAAUCGAUUUGUCAGAAAUUCUAACACUUCUAACACCAUUGAUGACAAUAAUGACAUGAAUUUAGUUAACUCUAAUCACUACGGAAUGGAUAAUCAGUGUCCCGUAUGUCUUAAUGAGCCCCGAUUCCCAAUUGAGACCAAUUGUGGACAUUUAUUUUGUGCUCAAUGUUUGAUAGUGUAUUGGCAACAUGGUCAAUGGAGAGGUGGUCCCAUCAAGUGUCCUGUAUGUCGACAACAAGUGUCUGUAAUGUUACAGUGCUUCCAACCAAAUACUGUACUAUCAGAUGAAGAGUCGUCAGAGAGAUCACGUAUAAUGCAUGACGUGAAUGAUUAUAAUCGUCGUUAUUCAGGAGCUCCCCGUCCGUUAAUGGAUUAUAUAUACGAUUUACCCACACUUUUGCGUCAUUUGACCUCAGAGUUCUUCACAGUCGGUGGACUAAUGUAUAUGUUUAGGAUCCGCAUUGUUCUGUGUUUUGUGGCCGCAAUUAUGUAUUUAAUAUCGCCUUUAGAUAUGAUUCCCGAGGCUGUCUUUGGCCUCUUUGGUUUACUCGACGAUAUAUUUGUUGUAUUAUUGUUGGCCAUAUAUGUGACUAUUAUUUAUAGAAGAUUUUUAUCGAGAAGAUGGGAAGAGGAACCACAAUAAUAUAUCAAUUGUAUUGUAAUUUUAAUCAAAUAAUAGCUAAUCAAUAGCCAAUUAGAUAAAAAUAUUUUAUUAUAAAACAUCAAAAAAUGCCUUUACAUUA